UUGCCAUUUAAACGGGCACCUUAUAUUGAAGUCUGUGCCUUUAAGAGAAAGCGCGGAAGAACAGUCGGCUGCAGUGUAAAUUACACAGGAAGGUCAUCCAGACAGAAUGCGAGGGGUUUACAGUAUCGGAAUGAUGUUGCGACACUGAAACUGGCAAGAGAUCCUCAUCACCGCUUUGUUUCCAUUUACAUUUAGCUUUAAGACUUUGACAGGGACUUCCUUGUACAAGCGUAGGUUGUAGCUUGAAUUGUAAAAGCGAGCACCGCACUCAUUACUAAAACCAAAUGGCUGUCUCUAAAUGCUCUAGACUUAGCGGUCCUCUGAUCCAAGAGCUGCUGGAUUCGGUAGACAAUUUUCUGUUUGAUUGCGAUGGGGUUAUAUGGCGUGGCGACCAGGCCAUUCCCGGUGCAUCCGAGGUGACCAAUUUAUUAAAGAAGAACGGGAAACGCGUGUUCUUUGUCACCAACAACAGCACCAAAACCAGGGAGAUGUAUGCGGAGAAAAUGGCAAAACUGGGGUUUCAGGCUAAAACUGAAGAGGUGUUUGGCACGGCGUAUUGCUCGGCUGUGUACCUAAAGAACAUUGCUAAACUAGACGGAAAAGUCUACCUUAUAGGCGGCAAUGCUCUUAGCAAAGAGUUACAGAAAGUCGGUAUUCAGACAGUAGGGUCCGGUCCAGACCCAGUCUCUGGUGGGCAGAGUGACUGGGCUGAUGUUCCCUUGGACCCCGAGGUGAAAGCUGUAGUUGUGGGGUUUGAUGAGCAUUUCAGCUACAUGAAGUUGUCCAAAGCGCUCAAAUACCUGGACAAUCCUGACUGUCUGUUUGUGGGCACCAAUACUGAUACCAGGCUGCCAUUGGAAGGAGGAAGGGUAGUGCCAGGCACAGGGUGUUUGGUCCGAGCUGUAGAAACGGCAGCCCAGCGCAAGGCUCAGAUCAUUGGCAAGCCGAGCCACUUCAUGUUUGACUGCGUGGUCAGCGAGUACGGGAUCGACCCAGCCCGGACAGUGAUGGUGGGUGACCGGCUGGACACUGAUAUCCUGCUGGGCUCCAGCUGUGGCCUAAAGACUGUUCUGACCCUCACUGGAGUCUCCCACCUGAUCGAGGCUACAGCCCAUCAAGAGAGCCACUGCCCUGAACGGACAGGCAUGGUGCCGGAUUAUUAUGUGGAGACCAUUGCUGACCUCUUGCCAGCCCUGCAGGGAUGACAAGGUUGUACUCUGACUUCGUGGGCUUUCAGAACAGCCAUACCCGCGCCCAUUCAGGCCUGCCUACAGCGAGAGUUUACAAAUGAGGACUUGCCUAUAGUGAGCACUUAAAUAUAUAGUAAUAAAAAAAUAUCUUUAGUAAUAUAACUUUUUUAAUUAUUUAAAAUGAAUGUGAGGUAAAUACAUUUCUCAACCAUCAUGUACUGCGAAAACCUAGACGACACAGUCACUGAAGAUAAAUUCUUUAGGGCACUGAUAUUUAGACCAAGGCAGUCAUAUAGGACUGUACCAAUAACAAACAACUUUAAUUCUUCAAGGUUUUUCGUUGCCCAAAUUUCAUAAACCUGCUGUUUCAGUUGUAUUUGUGUCAGUGUUGUGAACAUAUUGGUAGUGGGCAGUGGUAUUUCGAUUCUUAAGCUAGUAAUAAUUAUCUAGUUUUAGUAUAAUCACGGUCUAGCAGGUUUAUUCUUGUGCCUCAAGAAAACAAAAACAUCUCCAAAUAAGAACAUCUCCAUGACUAACUCUUGGGUCCAGCGACAGGAACAGGUCAGGUUUCAUACAGUAUUUGCCAUUUAAUGAUGAUUUAGUCAUGCAUAAUUUAAACAGUAAUGGGUGGUUCCAUAAACCCAGACAAGCAUGAAUCUUGGACUACCUAAUGUUACCCCAGGUAAAGUGCUCCAAGAUGAACGCUAAUCCAGCUCUGUGAAACCAGUCGUCAAUCGUAAAAAGCAUUUAAGAAAGACUUGAUGAUCCUUCCUGCCAGCUGCAAAGACUGAAGCAGCUAUCUGCUUUGGGAAAAGACAUCUGCGUUCAUUUAUAAAGGUGCUCUUUUACACUCCUGUGGUCAUCACAAAAUGUAACGAUCCAGACAAUCCAUAUAGAGCAAUUUUGUGCACUGUUGUUUAUUUCAAGUGUUCCCUCAUAAUUAUUUCUUUCUACUGUGUAUUAGUCCACUACAUUUUCUUUAGUGACACUUCAAUAUACUUUAAAAAUAGAAAAGCACUGAAAGUAUAGCCCAAAUGGGACCAAGUCAGCAACAUUGAAAUAAAAUACAGAGCAGUAGUUUUGUUUUAUUUAUUAAAAGUAUUUUGCCAGGGAAAAAAAUACCCUCUUGAGGUGUAACAUUUCAUUUAUGUUUGUGAUUUUAAUUUUAUUGGCCAAAUACUGACACUGGCUUGAAAUCCAUUACUGUAUGGUUGGGAAAAUGCUUAUUUAUCACACGUAUAUUCAUAAACAAACUGUGUGCCGUGAAGAUUUUAGCAACCUGUGAUAUUCUUCAGCAUCUUGUAUGACUACAGACUCAUUGUUGUAUGUUAUUGUAUAUGUGUAUAGUCGUGGUUUCAAACAGUAGUACACAAUACAACAGCCUUGAUGGGACUAGUACUGUAACCCUAAUGUUGUGCAAUACACAUGUAAUGUGUAUCCAGUGUAAGUAACUGUGUGCACAGAAAAUCCAGGGGAAAACAGAAUUAAACAAAUCUUGAAAAUAAAAGUAACGGUCACUAUAUUUUAAACACAAAAAAUAUUUUAGUAGUUAAAGAUCACUGUGCACCAUAUAAAACCAUUUGUAGAAUGAUGACUAAAGGAUGUUAUAAAAUAGUUAUGUGUUAUAUAGUAAAGCAUGAAGAGCUGUGUAGUCUACUUGAAUUGGACAGUGUGCUGUAAAACACCAGUGCUGUGUGAUGCCCAGAUGUCCUUUAGUGUUUAACAAUCCGUAAAAACACUGUAUUCCAUUUAGAAGAGUAAUUACCUAUGCAAUAAAAUGUCUGAUACAGUACCACUAA